UCGAUGUCAUAGGAAUGGAUACAAAGUUUUUGAAUGCUAAAACCAUGACUCUGCUGAAAGAUCUCAGUACAGGUUAUCAAUGACGACGACGUUAAAGUGAAAGUGAACGUUUAAUUCGUUCUCUUUCUUCGGCUUUCCCCAUGCUUUUGGACAGACUGCUAAAUUGCCACUUGUGGAGGACAAAUCCUUUUACGAGACCUUAGGUUAUUUGUGUCUUCGGUCAAUUCAUGUUUAAAACAUUUUUCAAACGUUGUCAAAAUUAAAUACGAAAUAUGAAUUAACUGUACGCAGAAAGCCAUCACGCAUAGACUCAUCUUGUAACUGGACGACCAAAAUAAGGUCUUUUUAAACGAAUAUUGGGACAAAAGGAGACAUAUAAUUUAGAUAGGGUACUACUCAACUUUGGACGAUAUCAGUGCUACAGUGAAAGACAAAGGGAAAUUUCUUCACUGUUAUCGGCUAGCAGGCUUCUGUUGAGGAUGCAAUAAACCGGACGUUCGGAUGUGCCCAUUAUAUUUCAGAACCAUGAAAUGGAUAGCUCAGCUUCUGCAAACUGCAAGCAUUAUGCUGUGCACUACCGAAACCAGUGACGACGUUAGAGUAUUAAUUUAAUUAUUAUUUAGUCUUUAAUUUUUAUUUGCGUAGCCUAUCAAUUUUGUUAUUAUCCUGCUUUUAUAUGAAGAUUGGACCACUACGGUAUUAUCUCUGUGUUACCUCUAAAUCUGCGGUGCAGUUUUAGAGGUAAUGUCAAAACUGAAUACACUCGGUUUCCGUUAUGUGCCGCCUCAUUAAGGAAGAUCGAAGUGAUGGAAGAGUCCUGUAGCAUGCCACAUGAAAAGUUUUCCGUCUGAAAUUAGUUUAAGGUAACCGCACUCAAGAGAAGACAGUCUCAACGCAUAUGUGUUCCGAAGUUGAAAAUCUGUGCUCCACGGUGAAAAUAUGGAACUGGAAUUCAACGGUCGGUUUUCCUUAAGAACCACGUUACUCAGUUGUAUCUUCUUAUGUAAGUCAAUAUUCUGUCUUGAGAAGACACACUCCCAUGCUGAGGAUCAGCUCUUCAAACAGCUCUUUAUUGGUUACAACAAGUGGUCAAGACCUGUGCCUAACAUCUCUGAUGUGGUCAUCGUCAAGUUUGGGCUCUCCAUCGCUCAGUUGAUUGAUGUGGAUGAGAAGAACCAGAUGAUGACUACAAAUGUGUGGCUGAAGCAGGAGUGGAAUGACUAUAAGUUACGGUGGAAACCCUCAGAUUAUGACAAUGUAACAUCUAUCCGGGUGCCAUCUGAACUGAUUUGGGUUCCUGAUAUUGUCCUGUACAACAAUGCUGAUGGGGAGUUUGCUGUGACCCAUAUGACAAAGGCACACCUUUUUUACACGGGCAAGGUGCGCUGGGUGCCCCCCGCCAUCUACAAGAGCUCCUGCAGCAUCGACGUCACCUUCUUCCCGUUCGACCAGCAGAACUGCAAGAUGAAGUUCGGCUCCUGGACCUAUGACAAGGCGAAGAUCGACCUGGAGCGCAUCGAGAACACGGUGGACCUGAAGGACUACUGGGAGAGUGGUGAGUGGGCCAUAGUCAACGCUGUGGGCACCUACAACACGAAGAAGUAUGACUGCUGCCACGAGAUAUACCCGGACAUCACCUACUUCUUCAUCAUCCGCAGGCUGCCACUCUUCUAUACCAUCAACCUAAUCAUCCCCUGCCUGCUCAUCUCGUGUCUGACGGUACUGGUCUUCUACCUGCCAUCUGAUUGCGGCGAGAAGAUCACGCUCUGCAUCUCCGUGCUCCUCUCACUCACCGUCUUCCUCCUGCUCAUCACCGAGAUCAUCCCCUCCACCUCGCUGGUCAUCCCGCUCAUUGGCGAGUACCUGCUCUUCACCAUGAUCUUCGUCACGCUCUCCAUCGUCAUCACGGUGUUCGUGCUGAACGUACACCACCGCUCGCCGGGCACGCACACCAUGCCCCGCUGGGUGCACUCCGUCUUCCUGGAGCUCAUCCCGCGCUGGCUGUUCAUGAGGAGGCCCAUCCCAGACGAGAAGCGCCGACGCGUGCUGCUGCUCCAGCAGAGAGUGCUGCCGCCUCUCGCCGCCCAGCUCAGCACCUCCGAGUGCUGGCUCAGAGAGACAGACGUGGACUGCUGCCACAACGAUUCAGAGCUGGGCACGGCCCCAGGCUUUCCCUUCCCCUUCCCCCUGCCCCAGAAGGCUGCUCCUCCCCAGCAGCACCGCCCAGGAAGCAGGGUCAACCCCUCUCAGCAGCUCCCCACCAAGGUGGACAGUCCGGUAUCCACAGCGGUGUUCUCCUUCUCGCCCAGUGUCCAGCGUGCCCUGGAGGGGGUACACUACAUUGCAGACCACCUGAGAGCCGAGGACGCCGACUUCUCUGUAAAGGAAGACUGGAAGUAUGUUGCCAUGGUGAUCGACCGCAUUUUCCUAUGGAUGUUUAUCAUCGUGUGCCUACUGGGCACCAUCGGGCUCUUUCUGCCACCCUGGCUGGCUGGCAUGAUCUAGGGCAGCCCCAUCCGCAUCAUUGAGCGCAUGCUGACACUGAAUUGGGCUAAACUGGACUAAGUCGAGAAACAAGCUUUCCGGGGGUGGACUGCCCAGCAAUAUGAAUUUAUUCCUGAUUCACAGUUAGACUCAACUAUGUGGCAGGAGGUUUGCCUGCAAUUCAAGUUAAGAGAAUUUGGCUUUAAAAAUUACUGACUUUUCUUUUACUAUUAUAUAAUUAUAUUAUAUCAUAUUAUAUUAUAUUGUAUUAUAUUCUUCUUUUUCCUGCCUCCCUGCCAGAGAAAUGAAUCCUAUUUUUCAGUGCAAUGUUAUAUAUUCUGUAAAAGCAUCUAAAAAUUAAUGUAUUCAAAGUAAAUAUAAAACAUAUUCCUUGAAGUAAA